AUGUCUUUUAUUUUUCACAGAAAAAUCACCUACAAUCCCGACAAGGACAUUCCAGAUCUAGAGAGCAAGGUAAUCUUGGUCACUGGAGGAAAUAAUGGUUUGGGUAAAGAAACCGUUAAAGAGUUGGCAAAGCACAACCCGACAAAGAUCUAUAUGGGCGCACGUAGCAAGGCCAAAGCUUCUGCUGCAAUUGCAGAGUUGAAAGAACAAGUCCCUUCCGCGAACAUUAUCUAUCUCGAAAUCAAUUUGGCAUCUUUCUCUUCCAUCAAAAGGGCCGCUGCCACCUUUUUAGCGGAGAAUGACCGUCUCCAUAUCCUCGUGAAUAAUGCUGGUGUUUUCGCCACUCCGCCAGGGUUGACAGAGGACGGGUACGAAGUCCAGUUUGGCACCAAUUACAUGGGUCCAGCACUAUUCACCAAAUUACUGCUACCAAUUCUGGAGAAGACAGCUAGCAUUUCUGAAGGCAAUGUUCGAAUCAUCAACAUCAGCUCCGAAAUAUAUAAGUUGGCUCCCAAAGGAGGGCUUCUCCUCGCUCAAGAUAAGACGCCACUUACGGAGAUCAGUACCGUGGCCCGCUAUGGCCAGUGCAAACUUGCAAAUAUUUACUUCACUAAAUCUUACGCCAAACGUUAUCCUGCCAUCAAGUCUGUAGCCUUACACCCGGGCCUCGUCCAGACCAACAUCGGUGGUGAAAUGAAGGGCUUCUCCAUCAUGUCUCUUAUUUUUGGCCUUCUCAAUAGAGUCAGUUCUGUUGAUGUAGCCACGGGAGCCUUAAAUCAACUUUGGGCGAGUACUUUCGAUGCAGAAAAGGUCAACAGUGGCGCAUACUACAUUCCAUUCUUCAAGGAGAGUAAUAGACGGGAUAUCACGAAGGACGAGAAAAAAAUGGAGGAGUUGUGGGAAUGGACGGAAAAGGAAUUCAAGGAGCAUGGAUUGUCAUCAAAGGAAAAUCUUUUCUUUAAGCUCUAG